GGGUUCAUUGGGUUAUCAGAUGGAUUUACAUUCCAAAAAAAAAAAAAAGCCUCGUAUACAUUUUAAGGCUGGCUCCCGACUCCCGAGGGAAGAUUAAUCCUUACGUAUAAUGAAAUAAAUAUUGUGUAGACUGUAGCCAUUGAUGGCAAGGAAUAAUCUUUCCCUCCAUCUCAUCUCCCUUCAAAUUCAAUUGGCUGAAUAUUAAUUCCUCCUCCGCUGCAUUCGCCAACCGCCCCAAAAACCUAUGAAAUUGAGAGCGGCGGUGGCUCUGCUGGAGCGGGAGCAGCUCCGCCCCAUCCUCUUCUUCUGUAGAAGCCUCGGUCUCCUCCGCUCACCCCCUGUAUCUCCUCCGCCGGUGCUGAGCACGUUCUCUGCGUUUGCCAGCUCGCCUGCCACCUAUUCGACGAUUUGCUCCACAGAGCACGAGGCUGUAAGUAUCACACCAAAGGAUUCCUCAGACGUGCUCAAGCUGUGGGGCUGCAGCGACGACGACAUAGCCGAGUUGUUCAAGCGACAGCCCUCUCUCCGGGACGCCCGCCUCGCUCGCCUCAAUGCCAAGCUCAACACCCUCAGCAGCCUGGGCAUCACGGGUUCCGACCUCGUCAAGGUCAUCAACUGCCGCCCCAGGUUCCUCGGGUGCCGCCUCAACAACCACUUCGAUGAGCGCAUCAGCUACUUCAUGUCCUUGUUUGGGUCCAAGGAGAUGCUCCGCAAGGCCAUCAUCAGGAACCCCUCCUUCCUCACCCACGACUUCCACGGCCGCAUCAAGCCCGCCAUCUCCCUCUACGAGCAGCUCGGCCUCACCAGGGAAGCCUUGAUCCCAAUGCUCCUGUCCCGCCCCACUAUGAUCUCCCGGACCUCAUUUGAGCCUGAGAAGGUGGAAUACAUCUGCAGGACGGGGGUCGCCCCUGCCUCCAAGAUGUACAAGUAUGUGGUCACUCUUAUUGGGAUCUCGAGGCUAGGGACCAUCAAGGAGAAAGUGGCCAACCUGGAGAGGUUUGGGCUCUUGGAGGACGAGGUGCUGGGGCUCAUCGGGCGCUCCCCGCUGCUGUUGACUCUCUCCGUCGAUAAGGUACAGAGGAACAUGACUUUCAUACUGGGAACAAUGAAAGCCCCUGCAAAGGCAGUGCUGGAGCAUCCGCACCUCCUCUUCUGUAACCUGGAGACGACAAUGAAGCCCCGCAUGGCGCUGGCGGGCAAGAUUCGGGACAUGGGGCUCCAACCUCAGAUCGAGGCUGGCAUGUUCACUGCUAUCAGGAUGACGGAGAAGAGAUUCUUGAAGGCAUACGUGAGAUGCCAUCCCAAGGAUGUUGCGGAUGAGCUGAUGGAGUCGUAUGACCAUGCCAAAGGGCUCAAGCGAUUGGCCGAAUCCUCCAAGAAGAUGCUGCGCAAAGGCUUUCCUUUCUGAAUUGAUAUUGGGGAAAUCAUCAUGGGACAAGGGAAAUCUCUCCUUCAUGUCACAGAUUAAAGCAUUUGAUGUCUGCUCGAUCAACCCCUGAUUCUGUUAGGAGCAGCGGUAUGAACAGGUCAAUAACAAGUAAGUUGCUGCCACAAGCGAUGUGUGGUGCAAGAAGCUUCAGAACUAGGGAAAGAAAAUUGUGUUAAGUUUUGUGCCAAAGACACUUGGAGCACUCUUUUGGAAGCUGAAGUCCAGCAUCUUAACCACCAAAAUCCAAAUAUUGGAGAGUGAGUUAAGAGAAGUUGCUGCUAUCGAGGUCUCUCUAUAUUUAGUAGUUGCAGAUCAUGGGAGUUUCAUGGCUGAGGUUCAUGCUUCAACUCGGAGGCUUUCCUGCCCGUGUGUAUCUUCAUGCUUGUGGAGACUGCUCUCGGACAAGAAAGAGCUAGUGCAGCUAGAAGCGUCAUUUCUGGUCUGGUGUUGGUCUCAAUGGCAUGUGGGAAUGAUGUCCCAAAGGUUGACGUGUUGGUUAUCAAAAUUCAAUUGUACCCAGAGCUUCGGCCGUGGCAAUAUGAGCUACCUAUUUCUCCAGUAGCCCUGAAGGAAAGAGUCGAUACUGACAAGGGAUCAUCACCGUUAAAUUGGGAGUCUUCUCCUAGUAUGAAGGGGUGAGUGUACGCGUUAUUUGGACUGGGAGGACCCACAGACACUCAUAUCUGCUUUGGAGAAGGUCAAAGUUUGGAUCUUCUCUUGCCCUAUCGAUAAAAGGUAUGUUGGUAAAAGUAGCAGGAAAGCAACAGAUACAGAUGAUCAAGAUCGAGGAAGCAUGUCAAUGGAUCUGUGGAAGAAAGCCUUCAAGGAUGCCUUUAAAAGGCUUUGUCCCGUGUGAGCUGCAGGGCAUGAGUGUGGUUGCUUAACUAUGCUGCCUAGAUGAGCUCAACGAGCUGAAUUCCUCCGAUGGCCUCUAUUCUGCUCGAUGGGUCGCGGUCUUCUCCUGUGGCGGCGAAGCCAGGGCGGAUACCGAAGGAGAGUGAAAACCACCAGAAUGCCCUGAGGAACCACCUGCUUGGGGAUGUGUGGUCGAACUGUGAGUAGCAGGGUGGAGAUAUCACGGUUGUACCUUUUCCUCGGGCUGUAAAUGUAAAACAUCAUGUUCCAAUUUGAUCCCAUGGUUUCUUCGCUGGGGAUUCUAUGUGACUUGGAUUGUGUUCCCCCUGUAUAUAGAUCUAUGAAUUCAGUCCACCGGACUUAGUAUGGCGUUGUAGCAUACGCACGGUGAAACUGCAUCUCAAUAAUGAUUUCGUCUUUGUUA